AAUGCCACAAACAGCGCAGUUUUAUACAGCUCGAUGUGAGGAUCUGUUUGUAAAUGGUACAAGCACACAAGCUGGUUGUGAGAGGAAACAAUACAUCCACAUCUACACAGCAAGACGCCUGUUUUCUUUUUGGGAUUUUGGAAACUGCAAGCGCCAUAUUUAGGUCAAAUCCAGAUGUUUUGCUGAAGAGGGGAUGCUGCACCCAAAGAGACAAGUGGUGCCGUUUUACGCAGCCGCUGUGGACAAACAGAAACUAACAGGAUCACACAGAGAGGAUGGUGGCUGAGAUGGCGAACAGCGCAGCGGCUUGUCACCUGGAAGACGGAGACGGAGAUAUCCCUGCACUUGAAAACAAAGAUAAUCUGACAGAAAGUGACAGUAGUAGUUCAGAGAACACAGAAACGUCCACUGAGGAGAGCUCAGAGGAUGAAGAGGAAGAUGAGGAGGAUGAGCAAUCUGGCUCUGCUGAGAAAGACGGAGCAGAGGAAGACAACGAAGAGGCCCAUGCAGAGGAGUCUGAAAAUGAUUCAGUCCCUGAAGCGGUGGUUUCAAAUGGGAAAGAUGAGAGACCCUUCAAAUCAUGCUGUGAAAAGUGCAAAGCCAUCCAGCAGAGCCAUGACAGUGAGCUUGUUACCCCCAGGACGCUCUCCAAGGGACGAUUACAAGUGCAGCUGGAAGGAGAGGGUACAUAUGAGUGUUCGGUCACCGGCCUGGUGUUGGAAGCAUCGGAGCCGGUUCUCGUGCGGUACUCAGUUUUGUCCUGGUCCAAGUUUGGUUCGUUCCUCAGGGACUCCUGGAAAUUUGCUGGACCCAUCUUUAACGUGGACACAGUCAAUAAGGACGCAUCUGUCCUCAAGUCCAUCCAGUUCCCUCACUCCGUCUGCCUUUCUGAUCCAGAAAAUGAAAUGACAUUCAGUGUCCUGCACAUAAAGGACAACCGUCCACUCAUCGAGCCGACAGUGGACCACUCAGGUAGCCACGUUAAAUGGAACGUGACGUCGCUGUCACCCGUGGGUCCCAUCAUUCAGACGAGCCAAUCUGUAGAGCACCACGGGGUGGUCCUGGUCUACAAGCAGCUGGGCAGUGACAACAACAGCUACAGCUUCCACGUCUACCUGGCCACCAACAGUGCAUCUGACAUCAAGGAUAUAGGCAAACAGGUGCGGUGCUACAAGAAUCGCUACAUUCGGAUAGAGAAGCCCCCCACGUGUAAGCUGGAUGAGGGGACGUAUCGUCUCCUGAGCGAGCCAGAGGGAGAGAUCAAACCUGAGGAUUUGAAAUUCACCCUGGCUGUGACCAAGAUGAAAGGCUACUUUGAAGCUUUUUUUGAGCAGCCUCCUCCCUUUAAAUUGUCUCUCAUAGACAUUAACACUGAGGAGACGGUAUGGUCCGCCACCAUCAGAGAAGGUGACUGUGUGGAUAACAUAGAAAAGAAGCCAAAGAAAAGGACGAACAGCAGACAGAGGAGCAGCAGCCCCUCUGAAGAUGAAACGGCCUGUAAAAGGCCUCGAUGGCAGGAUGAGUCAGAUGGAGUGAAAACAGUGAUGACUCAGGGCCAAGACAUGUCAGAGAAGCAGCUACUGCAGGUGGCCAAGCGGCUCGGGAAGGAGUGGAAGCAGGUGGCCAUCUAUCUAGACUUGAACUCCAGGGAGCUGGAUGACAUCCAGGCAGUGGAGAAAGAUGUGAUCAUGCAGAAGCUGAAGAUGCUGGUGGAGUGGAAGAGCAGAAGGCGGCCGGGAGAGGCCACGCCGUACCACCUGCGGAAAAGUUUGGAGGAACUGGAUGACUUGCCAAAUGAGGUUCAUCAGACACUGCAAGACAUGAUAGACAAUCGAGCAGCUAAGUGAAAAGGAUCUGGGUUACAUUGACCUUUGGAUAUCUGUUGCUCCGUCAUCAGGAAAAAAAAAACAAACUCUCAGGAAUACAACAAAGCAGAGAUCACCUGUGGACCAAACGUCAACUCUUCUUCCAGUUUGUGUUUCUCUUUUGAAUAUUUUUUGCAUAUGAAACUGUCUGAACUUUGGAUGGGCAUUUUCCCUAAUUUGUUCACGUGGUCCUUUGGUUCUGUAAUGAAUACAGAAGCUAAAGCUUUUAUUUGUGUAACCACAAUUUGAUGCCUAGCAUUUCCAGGUUCAACAAUGACCAGCAGAGGUGUAGAGGUCAUUGAGAUAUAUGGUAGCUAAUUAUGUAGCCAGUAUGUAAAUGUAGAUGCUGCAGUGUUGAAACUGCAAAAACUGGGAAAAAUCCAACCUGUGUUUCACUUGUAUAUGUUCUGUUUGUGGGACUUUUAUCAAACACUUUGGCAUUAGAUCACAUGUAGGUGACUGUCCGAAGCAUUAUGAACUGAAGUACUGAGUUAGUGUCUCAAACAUUUUUAUAUGUGUCCUGUACAUAUCUUUUUUUUUACCAACUGUUUCAAACUUAUGAUCUAUUUUUUUAAGUCUGUUUUUUUCUAUUUGUGUUUUAUUUGACAUCAUGUUUAUUUUGUUUAACUUGAAAUCAUUCCUGCCGUCCUGUGACCAGAACGCACAUCUUGUAAAGUAUAAAUCUUUGUAUGUGAUACAAAAGUGUACAGUAAUGGAAAAAAAAUAAUCGGAUGCAUUUGGUUUCAGGGCUGAAUUUAACUGUUCUACCUGUGAGUGCAGCCAACAUUUCAUAGUUGUCGAGCUUCAAGCACAAUAACAAGCUAUACUGAAGCUGCCUAUGGAAACAUUUCAGUUAAAUUUCCUCAACAUCUCUACAUUAGUCACAGCUUUGUUUCUGUCUUACUUAUUUUCAAACACUAUUGGGGAAAAGCUGCAGAGAUGACGUCUGGAUUAUCAAAUUUUUUAGGGUCUUCCACGACAAUACCACGCAGUCAUGUUUACAUUCAGAGAAAAGGGUUGCUUCUUUAAACAACCUGCCAACAACGAUCCAGUCUGUCCUUUUUUUUGCACUUGUUUCUGUCAGUCCCUCCAGAGAAUUGUGGAGUAAUUAUAAAGAAGCAAAUGUCGACUGAAUAAAACAAGAGAUUCUUUUUACUUA